AACAAAAAUAAGAACAAUUGUAACACGACUAUUUUGAUAUGACGUACUUUAAAAAAAAAUCAGGAAAAUUUAAACAACUAAAGUUAUUGAGGUUUGCACUGUUAAAUACAAUAAAUUCUAAAAUAAAUCUCAAAACUACCUCCGAAUCAGCCGUUACCCAAUGCAUACGGUUUCGGAUCGACAGCAGUGCGCAGGCGUGGAAAAGCGCUGCUGUCACCUGCGUUUGUUAGGACUGCAGACGCGACCUACAGUAGUGGCCCAAUUACCCAGCAGAAAGCAGCGCUCUACCUGUCCAGGGAUAGGACAGCGGCUGGUUUCACUGCAGAAGUAUGUUGAUGUGAUGCUUGAGGAUAAGGCUGUGGUGCACCGGGCCUCUGAUGGCUGUUAGCACCAUGGACUCCGAGUCAGCGCGGACACCUCAGACCCAAGCCCUGACAAAAGGAGGCCAUUCCCUGUUGUCUGCUGGCAUUCUGACCGCCAGGUUUGGACCUCAAGGGAAGCACUAUGUUUGCGGUUCCCUUGCAGCUUUUACCAAUAUAUUGUUGACCUUUCCAAUCCAGAAAGUCCUCUUCCGCCAACAGCUGCAUGGCGUGUUGGCCAUUGAUGCGGUGCGACAGCUCCAGAGGGAUGGACUGAGGAAUCUUUAUCGGGGCUUACUUCCCCCACUUCUCCAAAAGAGCACUACAGUAGCCAUCAUGUUUGGCUUGUAUGAGGACUUCUCUAGAGUCUUACUAGACCAUGCUGGGAGCAGUGGCGUGCCAGAGCUGAUUACAAGAAGCUUUGCUGCAGCUUUGGCAGGAACUGCAGAGGCCAUCCUUACACCGUUUGAGCGUGUGCAAACUCUCCUACAAGACCACCGGCACCACGGGCGCUUCAACAACACAGCACACACCUUCCGGACACUUGUGACAGAGUAUGGUGUGAGAGAGUGCUACCGUGGCCUCGUGCCCAUACUACUGCGCAAUGGCCCUAGCAAUGUUCUCUUCUUUGGGCUCAGGGGACCCAUUAAAGAGCAGCUCCCAGAAGCUACUAGCAAGGCAGGUAACUUGGUUAAUGAUUUUGUUUGCGGAGGGUUGCUGGGGGCAGGCCUUGGCAUCAUGUUCUACCCGUUAAAUGUCGUCAAAUCGCGGGCUCAGUCUCAGGUGGGUGGAGCCUUCAAUCCUUGCAGAGAGGUGCUGUUAACAGUGUGGAGAGAGAGGGGUGGCAGUAUAGCCAUGCUGUUCAGAGGAGCCCACCUCAACUACCAUCGCUCUCUUCUCUCCUGGGGGAUCAUCAAUGCCACCUAUGAGCUGCUGCUGAAGCUCUUAUGAGAAGAGGAAUGGAGAGGAAAAAUUCGAUCUAGAUUGGAAGAGAAAGUGUUUUAAGGGAGGGGUGUUGAGCGGAGGAACAGAGCCAGUCUAAAGUGACAAAUGAGAGGUUGUAAAGUAAAGUCGGUGCACUUGCUGUCCAACAUUUCCAGAACUAAAAGAUAACAGUAAAGUUGUACUUCUGACUGGGGCCAACAGUCACUGUAAGAUAACUGCCUGCUAUUGUUACUUUCUGCUGUUGUCAAAGUGUUAAAAGCAGGCAAGACUUGUGCCAGGGUCCAGUUAAUAUGCCCGUGUUUGGUCUGUGUUGUAAAGUUUGAGGACGCACACAAAGCUCCAUCAAUCUUUUUCAAAGAUUUAAAAGGAAACUUUAAAACUUGAG